UGUGUGCAGUUUAACUAGGGUUUUUGGAAUUUCGAAUAAAGGGAAAGAGGGUGCAAAGUGCAUCUUCUUUUUGUUGUUCUCUCAAACUUUAACAAUCUCAUAAAUAAAUAAUCAGAACGAAGAAGAAGAAGAAUUGAAUUCGAAAAAUCGUAGCGUAGCGUUGGUUGCGAUUGAAACGGUACGAUGGGAAGAGGAAAAUUCAAGAGCAAGCCCACCGGUCGCCGCCAGUUCUCCACCCCGGAAGAUAUGCUUGCUGGAACCUCUAACCGUCCUCGAACUUUUAGACAGAAAGAAGCUGAGCAUGAAGAGGAGCCUGAGGAAGUAUCUGGGGAUGAAUCUGGAGAAGAAUCAGAAGAGGAAACUUCUAAGAAAAAAGGAACACAAGGAGUUAUUGAGAUUGAAAAUCCUAACUUGGUAAAGCCAAAGAGCUUGAAAGCUAGAGAUGUUGAUGUUGGAAAAACAACAGAACUUUCAAGGCGUGAAAGAGAGGAGAUAGAGAAACAGAGAGCCCAUGAGCGCUAUAUGAGGCUGCAAGAGCAAGGAAAAACAGAACAAGCAAAGAAGGAUUUAGAACGUUUAGCUCUUAUACGUCAGCAAAGGGAAGAUGCUGCUAAAAAGCGAGAAGAAGAGAAAGCUGCGAAAGAGCAGAAGAAGGCUGAGGCGCGCAAGUGAGUUUCCUGGAAAAUGUCAUGCCACCAAAAAUUUGCUCCAAUUAGUAAGGUGGAACGGUUGCUCCUACUACACUUAAAACAUUAUGUCCAUUUGGCUUUAUAUUAUGGUAUUACCACACCAAGCUGGUAACAUGUAAUGCAAUUAUAUUUUCAUAUUCUGUGGUUUAAAAUCGUGAUUAUAUAUAAACGUUUUUAAAAAUUACACAUUAGGAUAUGCUCUUUUUUCUGAAAUGAAGGUUGAUAUUUCUAUCCA